AUGAUCUCUUUAAUCGCUGCAUCAAAACCCCAUGUAUUGAAACACAGCUUCUUCUCCAAUCUUGCAAGAAUCUCCAAUUCACAGCAUCCGGGUCUCUGCUUUUUCUGUUCAUCGUCUUCACCAGACACACUCACAAAUGAAGAAACCCCAAAAACGGAAACUCCAGAUUUGUCCGCCGAAUCACAUCCUGAGAAACCGGUCUCGACCCGUGAAGAAGCACAACCAGGGACGAUCCAGAAUCGCGAACCCGGAAUCCCACGAGGUAAGCAUCGAAACCCAGAAAAAAUUGAAGAUAUAAUUUGCAGAAUGAUGGCAAAUAGGGCAUGGACGACUCGUUUACAGAACUCGAUUCGAACAUUAGUCCCUGUGUUUGAUCACAAUCUCGUUUACAAUGUAUUGCAUAGUGCUCGAAAUCCCGACCAUGCUUUACAGUUUUUCCGGUGGGUUGAGCGCUCGGGUUUGUUCAAAAAUGACAGAGAAACACAUUACAAGAUCAUAGAAAUUUUGGGUAAAGCUUCAAAGCUUAAUCAUGCGAGGUUAAUUUUGCUCGAUAUGCCCAAAAAGGGUCUCAAAUGGGAUGAAGAUUUGUUCAUUGUUUUGAUCGAUAGCUAUGGAAAAGCCGGAAUUGUUCAAGAAAGCGUGAAGAUUUUCAGGAGCAUGGAGGAAUUAGGUGUUCCAAGAACUAUAAAAUCAUACGACACUUUAUUCAAGGUGAUAAUGAGAAGAGGAAGAUAUAUGAUGGCGAAAAGGUACUUCAAUAAAAUGUUAGCAGAAAGCAUAAUCCCUUCAAGACACACUUAUAAUCUCAUGAUUUGGGGGUUUUUCCUUUCUUCAAGAGUAGAAACUGCAAACAGAUUCUUUGAAGACAUGAAAACCCGUGAAAUUUCCCCAGAUGUUGUCACUUACAACACAAUGAUCAACGGGUUUAAUCGUGUCAAAAAGAUCGAAGAAUCCGAAAAAUUCUUCAUGGAAAUGAAAGCAAGAAACAUCGAACCAACUGUAAUCAGCUACACCACCAUGAUCAAAGGGUAUGUUACAGUUAACAGAGUAGAUGAUGCAUUGAAGUUAUAUGAAGAAAUGAAAUCUUUUGGAAUUAAACCGAAUUCUUUCACAUAUUCCACUCUAUUACCUGGUCUUUGUGAAGCAGAAAAAAUGUCAGAAGCACAUACAAUCAUGAAAGAAAUGACACAUCGACAUCUUCUCCCACAUGAUAACUCCAUUUUUCUACAAUUAAUCUCAGGUCAAUGCAAAUCAGGUAAUCUUGAUUUAGCUACAGAUGUUCUUAAAUCCAUGAUUCGUUUAAACAUCACCCCUGAAGCUCAACAUUACGGGGUUCUAAUUGUAAAUCUUUUAAACUCCGGGGUGUAUGAUGAAGCUGUGAAGUUGUUAGAUCAACUUAUAGAACAAGAAAUCGUGUUGAACACAAAGGGUACUUUAGAACUCGAGUCAAACUUAUUCAACCCAAUGAUUGACUAUCUUUGCAACAACAACAUGACAUCAAAAGCCGAAACUUUAUUUCGCCAAUUAAUGAAAAUGGGUGUUUUAGAUUCGGUUUCUUUCAACAGUUUAAUACAAGGUCAUUCAAAAGAAGGAACACCCGAUUCAGCUUUUGAACUUUUAAAGAUCAUGAUGAGAAGAAACAUUUCAUCUGAUAAAACUUCUUACAAGAUGUUGAUUGAAAGCUACUUGAAGAAACAAGAACCUUCCGAUGCGAAAACGGUUCUUGAAUCCAUGAUUGAAAACGGGCAUGACCCGGAUUCAUUGAUCUUCAAAUCAGUAAUGGAAAGUUUGUUUGAAGAUGGAAGAGUACAAACCGCAAGUAGGGUAAUGAAAAUGAUGAUUGAAAAGGGUGUGAAAGAUCAUAAAGAUUUGGUUUCAAGAAUCUUGGAAGCACUUUUGUUAAGGGGUCAUGUGGAAGAAGCUUUGGGGAGGAUUGAGUUGUUGAUGAAUGUUGGAUUUGGGCCUGAUUUUGAUGGGUUGAUUUCGGUUGUUUGUGAGAAAGGAAAGACGAUUGCUGCUGUGAAAUUGUUGGAUUUUGUUUUGGAGAGAGAUUAUGGGGUUGAGUUUUCGAGUUAUGAUAAGGUUUUGGAUGCUCUUUUGAAAGCUGGAAAGACACUUAAUGCUUAUUCGAUUUUGUGUAAGAUUAAAGAGAAAGGGGGAGUGACUGAUAAAAGUAGUGGUGAGGAGUUGAUUAGGGUUUUGAAAGAACAAGGGAACACACAACAAGCGGAUGUUUUGUCAAGGAUGAUUAUGGGGAAGGAGAAAGGGAAGAAAGUGAAGAAACAAGCUUCGGUUUUGUGA